AUGCUCACCGACUGCUCUGUUGUCCCUCAGCUCUUCCACAUAGACUUCGGACACAUCCUCGGAAACUUCAAAUCUAAAUUCGGCAUCAAGAGGGAGCGAGUGCCGUUCAUCCUCACACACGACUUCAUCCACGUCAUCCAGCAGGGGAAGACGGGCUACACGGAGAAGUUCGCCAGUUUCCGUAAGUACUGUGAGGAAGCCUAUCUGGUGUUGAGGAAGAACGGGAACCUCUUCAUCACUUUGUUCGCCCUGAUGCUGACCGCCGGGCUGCCCGAGCUCACCUCCGUCAAAGACAUCCAGUACUUAAAGGACUCUCUGGCUCUGGGGAAAACAGACGACGAUGCGCUGAAGCAGUUCCGGCAGAAGUUCGACGAGGCUCUGAGAGAGAGCUGGACCACCAAAGUGAACUGGAUGGCCCACAACGUGGCCAAAGACAACCGCUCCUAGAGAGAGGAGUCCCUCACAGGUCAGGGGUCGGAGGUCAGGGGGAAAGGAGUGUACGGGAGGGGAAAGGUGCGCCAAGGAGACGAGGUGAAAGCCAUCCUGAUUGGAAGAAGGGAAUUCAGCAGAGUAUCUGAAACAUGAGCAACCCCCUCCUCAAUAUACUGUACAGCUUCCCUUUCUGUCCGUAUCACUCUGGCUCGGUGCCUCCUGAAAAGAAAAAUCCAAAGUCAUGGUCUGGAGACAUUUCUGUGGAGUCAUGGUGGGUGUAGUCGUUGCGAGUUUUGCACAGCAGCAGCGGAUGGAGCUCACAGCCAAAGGAAGGGAAGUGAAGCGCCCACACUAAAGAAUAAACUGUCCCUACGGAGCGCGUUCACGACGGAGAGCAGGAGGUUUCCUCUCAGACGGACUUUAAUCUCCGCUUGUACGGACUCUGCAGGGUCGCUCGGUUUGACCGCGCCCCAGAACUGCUUUACGUACGGCGGAGAUGGGUGACGGAAUCGGAAAAGACACAAACGUCUGACCCACAUGUCUAAAAAACAAUGUGCACAAACGGCCACAGGAAGUGCAUCUUAACACUCACUCCCGCUGCCUCAAAGUGUGCCUCAAAACUGCGGGAAGAUUGUAUUUUUUAUGAGUUUUUUUUUUUUUUUUUUGCCAUUUUAAGAAUUUAUCAAGAGACGUCUAUGUGCCAGACUACUUUAGCAGUCCACAGAGAGAAACUUGUUUUAGGGAAAUAAGGAUUAGAGAGAGAAUUUGAGAAUAAAGUGGGUCCACUGUUUGAAACUCAGAUAUAUUUUGGACCAUUGAAACACUGGAAUAUUUUCAGAACGACUGAAAGCAGAAUCCUCUUUUAGUGAACUAAACACUUUAUUUUUUAAGGCGCUUUUAUUUUCAAACGACAAUUAUUUCACACUUUGCAAAUCAAGAACAUCACUAGCCAACUUGUCCUAAAGUCU